CAAAAUUACUUCCCUUUAAUGAAACCCACCAUUUGUAACAUAGCAAAAACGUAAAUUUUUAUUUUGUUUUCAUUCAAAGAUCAGUCCUCUCAACCAGGUUGAAAAAGGAUACAUGAGUUUUCUCACAUAAUGGGAAAAGAAAAAGGCGGGUUUUUGACCCCAAAAGCAAUUGCAAACAGAAUAAAAGCAAAGGGACUACAGAAGUUGAGAUGGUACUGUCAGAUGUGUCAAAAACAGUGCAGAGAUGAAAAUGGCUUCAAGUGUCACAUGAUGUCAGAAUCUCACCAGCGACAGCUGUUGCUUUUUGCAGAAAAUCCUGACGAAUAUGUCGACACAUUUUCUAAAGAUUUUAGAGAUGGGUAUUUAGAGCUGUUGCGACGGAGGUUUGGAACAAAGCGAGUACAGUGCAACAUUGUUUACCAGGAAUACAUAUCAGAACGAGACCACACACACAUGAACUCAACACAAUGGGAGACAUUGACAGACUUUGUCAAGUGGAUUGGAAAAGAAGGGUUAUGUGAAGUAGAUUACACAGAGAAGGGAUGGUUUGUCAAAUAUAUAGACAGAGAUCCAGAGACCAUUCGUAAACUGGAGCAAAGUGUGUAUCCGACUUCUCAUUUUUCAUUUGGCAGCAGUUGCUUUGAAGGGACAUGCCUCCUGAUGUUAUAUGACAUCCUGUAUAAAGUCAAAGAGCGAAUGGACAUGGACGACAAUGAGAGAAUGGCAAAGCUGAUUCAGGAACAGGUAGAGAGAGGUGCUAAAGCUGAAAAGAAUUUAAAGGAAUCAGAAUAUACUGAGCUGAAAAGGGAAAAUGAAGAUGAAAAAGAGUGACAGAACACUGUAUGGAAUACCCAGGAGAAGGUGAGGCAUAAUAUGGCACCGCCGAAAAAUACGCUAUGUACGGUGAUGUCCUGCCACAUCCAGUCUAUGUAUCGACUGCUGAGAGUGUAUGCUGC